AUGCGCGUAGUUUUCCUCUUCUUGUUCGGCCUUUUGGCUUCAACUGCCGCAAAUUUGGUCGAAGAAGAUGUGGACGAUGAGACGGAUUGGGAUAUAUCUUUGGAGGGCGGUGAUCGUGGCUUGAUUCUAAACUCGCAGGCCAAAAAGGCCGUCAGGAACUUUAUGGAACAAAUGCCCUGCGGUUGGCCUGAUCUUGGCGUUCCUCCGCUAGCUCCCUACACUAAUGCGGAAUUGAAUUUGAAAGCUAGCAAUUCUGUGGUCGAAUCUUUACUCCAGUUAAUUCGUUUACGUGUGGAUGGCUUGGAUCGCAUGGACAUUAAGACAAUGAAAGUUAGCUAUACUUUCAAGAAAAAAGUUAAAUACCACUUUGUCUUCCGGGAGCUGAAGGCCACUGCUUAUAACUACAAUACAGAUACAUUCAUUGAUCUGCUAAAUCAACUGGGCUUAUCAGUGGGUUACCUGGGUUCAGGCCCAUUAGAGUUUGCACUGAAAGAUCUCUCCAUUCAAGGACAAUUCAAGUAUAAGAUGCCAUUCCUUUGGGGCUCCAUUAAGAUUUAUAAGUUCGAGGCGAAGGUCACUCUAGGUGGCGUGAACUCUAACAUUGGCGGUCUAUUGGGUGAUGGGAAAUUGAAUCAGCUCAUCAACGAUCAGAUAGAAACAAUCAUUCCCAAUUACAUUAAUAGCAAUCAAAAUGAAAUUAGUGAGAAGAUUGAAAAUAUAGUAGCGCCGCGUGUCAAUGCCUAUUUAAAGGGACACAAAAUUUGGUGGUUGUUGAGUCAAAUGUUUAAAUCGACGAAUAAAUGUUCUCCAACGCCGGCGCCGUGGCUGGCAUGGGAGAAGAAUGCUGUAAAAGCUUGAUUUGAAAAAUAUUUUGGACAAAAGAGUUAAGCAAGAAUAUAAAAUAAACUUGAAUGCAUAAAAAC